GAUACCUCAGAGGAAGAUCUUAUUGUAUCUCCAGAUGAUGGACAAGAUAACGAGACAGCACAACAUUCUUCAAGAACAAAUUCUUUUGGUCAAAUAACACAUCACGGACCUUACUGUUUGGAGACAUUGAUGGAUCCCUCAAAUCCUGAGGAAUCCUCUGAUCAUUCCCAUAAUAGGACUUCAGACAGUCAUCUAAAAUCUCACAGUGUGGAUAGAUCAACAGAUCCCUCUAAUUCCAAGGAGUCUCCUUUAUAUGAUGGAGGAGUUCAUGUAGGAGACAAUUCAUUGUCAUGUUUAGAGUGUGGGAAACCUUUCACUGACAACAGAGCACUUCUUAGACACCAGAGAACUCACACACGUGAACAUCCUUCUUCCUCAUUGGAGUGCGGGAUUUUUUCCACAAACAAAGGAGACUGUCCUACAGACCAGAUAAAUUACAUAGGCGAGCAUCCAUUUUCCUGUUCAGAGUGUGGGAAAUGUUUCAAUAAGAAAGGAAAACUUGAUAGACACCAGAGAAUUCACACAGGUGAGCGUCCUUUUCUCUGUUCAGAGUGUGGGAAAGGUUUCACUAAAAAAGAAAAACUUAUCAUACACCAGAGAAUUCACACCGGUGAGCGUCCUUUUCUCUGUUUAGAGUGCGGGAAAGGUUUCACUAAGAAAGAAAAGCUUACUGCUCACCAGAGAACUCACACGGGUGAGCGUCCUUUUUCCUGUUCAGAGUGCGGAAAAUGUUUCACUCAGAAAAAUAUCCUCCUUACACACCAGAGAAUUCACAGGGGUGAGCGUCCUUUUUCCUGUUCAGAGUGCGGGAAAUGUUUCACGGAGAAAGGAGGCCUUAUUAGACAUCAGAAAACUCAUACGCAUGAGCGUCCUUUUUCUUGUUCAGAGUGCGGGAAAUGUUUCAGUCAGAAAAGAAUCCUCCUAAUACACCAACGAUAUCACACAGGUGAGCGUCCUUUUUCCUGUUCAGAGUGCGGAAAAUGUUUCACAGAGAAAGGAGGCCUUCUUAGACACCAGAAAACUCAUACACACGAGCGUCCUUUUUCUUGCUCCGAGUGUGGGAAAUGUUUCAUUGUGAAAGAAAAACUUCUUAGACACCAGACAACUCAUACACACGAGCGUCCUUUUUCCUGUUCGGAGUGUGGAAAAUGUUUUACUCAGAAUAGAAUCCUCCUAAUACACCAGAGACUUCACACAGGCGAGCGUCCUUUUUCCUGUUCAGAGUGCGGGAAAGGUUUCACAGAUAAAGGAGGCCUUCAUAGACACCAGAAAAUUCAUACGCACAAGCGUCCUUUUUCCUGAUCUGAAUGUGGGAAAUGUCUCAAUGAGAAAACAGAACUUCUUAUACACCAGAAAAGUCCCACAGGUGAGCACCCUUUCAAAUGUUCAGCGUGCGGGAAAUGUUUCAUGCAAAAAGGAGACCAUCUGAAAACUCGCAUGGACGAGCAUCCAGUUUUCUGUUUUGACUGUGGGAAAGGUUUCACUCGGAAAAGCAUAAUACUUCGAGAAUUCACAAGGGUGACUAUCCUGUUUCUUGUUCAGAGUGUCAGGAAAAAAAAUUUAUGGAAAGAAAGCCGGGUUGGACACCAGAAAAUUCAGUGAUGUAGUAAAGAAGGAUACUUAGUCAGUUUAAGCCAUUUCCCGUGAAAUAGUAUUCGACAUUUCUACACCUCUUUCAGCAAAGUAUCCCUUUUCUCCAAAAACAAACCGUCUGUGCUGCCCUGACUCCAGACAGAGAACAUCCCAUCAUUCAGUAAUGAAAAGAUAAUGAAACCUGAAUAGUUGACAAUAAAAUUAUUGUAGAUACACCUAACCCACCUUCUAAUGGUCGCAAUAAUGGUGGUGAAGGUAUUGUAGGCCUUAUGGUAUACAGAUCUUCAGUUUUCCCCCCAAAAAUGUAAUCGUUAAAUUUACUACACUACCCAAUGUUCCCAACAAAUGAGGAGGAGAUACUGUACAUCAUAUGAAAAGUCCAUCUCCAUUCCUCAAUAUAACGUCA